UGGACCCCGAGCUCCUGCGGCGCGCGGCCGCCGGGCUGGGCGCGGACGCGGCGCCCCCGGACGACGUCCGCGACUCGCUGCAGUUCCUGGCCAACUACUGCGCCACGCAGCUGCACGCGCGCCACUGGAGCCCGCGGCGGGCCGCGUCCGCGGCGCUGCCCAACGGGCGCUGCGAGUCCCGCGCCGGCACCGACAGCCCCGGCGCGCCCGAGCCGCCGGCCCGUCUGGCGGGCGCCUUCCCGCUGCUGUUCUUCCACCUGGAGGUGGACGGCGCGCCCUUCGGCCGCGUGGUGGUGGAGGCGCGCAGCGACGUGGCGCCGCGCAUGGCGCGCAACUUCGUGGCGCUGGCCACCAGCGAGCUGGGCCUGAGCUACCGCGGCUGCGCCGUGUUCCAGUGCUGGGAGAACGAGUCGGUGAUCACGGGCGACUUCGAGCUGAACAACGGCCGCGGCGGGCGCAGCGCCUUCGAGGAGAGCUUCUUCAUGCCGGACGACACGCGGCUGGCCGCCGUCCGCGGCGCCGUGGGCAUGCGCCGCUCGCAGAAGCGCCACGACAAUCUGGGCCUGGUGGGCUCGCAGUUCCGCAUCGUGCUGCGCGAGAUGCGCGGCUUCACCGCCAUUUUCGGCUACGUGGUCGAGGGGCUGGAGCUGGUGGACCGGCUGAGUCGCACGGGCGACAGCGCCGGCAAGCCUCAGGCCGCCAUCGUCAUCGCCAGCUGCGGCCAACUCAACUAGCCGCCCUCUCUGUUCACUUCGCGACCUGAUUUACACUCUUAUCCGUCGGACCAACCGUUUCCUUUCGUCUACGAAUCCGCUCUUUGACCUAUUUUUAUAUGUAAGAGAAAAUUUCGAUGUAUUUACCGACCGCGACGCGAUUUUGGAAGUUCGUCGGCUUGAGCUUCUGUAGUAGAUUCGCGCCCGCGGCGGCGACCGACCUCGCGGUGUCCGCUGCGGGCUAGUUCCUAAGUGAUCGUCGUAACCUCGUAUAAUUUCCGGUCUUACAUGUGUGUCAAUAUGUAAUAGAGAAGUAUUUACCGUGUAGUAUAUAUAGCGGAGCGAACCCGCUCGUCGUGCGCUAGUAGAGAUCGUUUGUUAAAUCGACGUUGUUUAAAAAUAUUUAUAUAAUACAAACAAUCAAGCGAACGUUACUUCUCGAGCGGCGAAGCGACGUGUGUGGAGGAUAUCGUUCCGGUGGAUCUGCGCCACACGGUAGGCGUAUAGCGGAAGAGCGGAUCUCCGGACGAACAAGUCUGUGAUGUUGGCCGGUGCCUGCUUUAUAUCGGAUAUUGUAUUGCACGUUGCGGCGCCGAGCGGCCGUCCUGCCGCUGCCUGCGGCCUCGCUCUUAUAUCGUUACAUUAAGAAUCACUAUUCUCAUAUAUGAGUAUGUUGUAAUUCGUGUUAAAUAUAUGGAUAUAUGUUAUACAGAGAUGUAUUAGCGUUUCGUUUGUCGAUAUAGUCUAUGUGGCCGCCCGCGCGGGCUUGUUACUGACGCGGAUUGUGAUCGUCAAUAAACUAUGUGAGCAGCAAACAACUAGUUUCAAUUAUUUAAACAGA